AUGCGUCUGCCCGCUAUCAUCGCAGGUCUUCUCGAAGCUGGCGUGGCUGUCGCUUCAUUUAACCGUAGAGCAUGUCAACACCCAACGAGGAAUCCUUUGGACGGGUGUCCUAAAAACACUCUUCUCGUAGGCCCAGGGCGCAACUUUACCACGGUCCAAUCGGCUAUUCUCAGCUUGCCAAACAACACGUCUCCGCAGCACAUACUGAUCCUUCCCGGUAACUACACAGAACAAGUCAAUGUCACUCGGCCAGGCUCGGUAUACCUUUUCGGCCAGACCCAACAUCCUAAUGAUCAGAGCAAGAACAGUGUCAACAUCAUCUGGCGCAAUGCUACGGGAGCAGGCGUCAAUUCAACUCUGGACAACGCGUAUACUUCUACCCUAACUGUCGCUCCAACCUUCAACUCGAGUACCACUGGGAGUGGUCCAACGGGCAACCCUGUACCUGCAAAUACUCCAUUUGGAAACGUCGACUUCAGAGCGUACAACUUGAAUUUCAUCAAUGACUACAAAAACUAUGCUACUGGGCCAGCUCUCGCUGUAUCGGUCAGCUACGCUAAUACGGGAUUCUACUUUUGCGGAUUCUACUCCUAUCAGGACACAGUCUACGUCGGCAAGUUAGGAAAUGCAUAUUUCUACAAGAACGAGAUAGCCGGGCAGACCGACUUCUUCUACGGGUUCGGUACUGCAUGGAUUCAAUCUAGUUUGGUAACACUGCGCAACUGCGGCGGUGGCAUCACCGCAUGGAAGGGCACCAACACUACCUUCGAGAACAAAUACGGUGUAUACAUCCACGAUUCGAAAGUGCAAAAAGCAAACUCAUCUCUCGCACUCACUGGCAAAUGUGCACUCGGUCGACCCUGGAACGCGCUUCACCGUUCUAUUUUCGCAAACACGUAUCUCGAUGAUUCAAUUCUGCCCAGCGGCUAUAUCGAUUGGAGCAAGACAGACCCGCGUGUUAAUUCUAACACCACGAUGGCCGAGUAUAAGGACUAUGGGCCAGGCUGGAAUGCGACAGCAAGAGCUCAGAGCAAUAUUACGAUCGUUAUGAGCGAAAAGCAAUAUGAGCCAUAUUCAAGUGUGGAAAAGGUGUUUCAAUAUCCGUUUUCGGGCAAGUUUGGAAAUGUUGCGUGGAUUGAUAGGGACCCGGAGCGGUGA